AUGGCUCCCGCCAAUAAAGCCGCUUGGACCACCGCUGAGAAAGCCUACCCUCUCGAGAUCAAAGAUGCCGAAUACACUCAGCCUGUCGAUAAUGAAAUUGUCGUCAAAGUCCAUGCCAUCGCGUUGAAUCCAGUCGAUUUUGCCCGUCAAGCCAUGGGCUCCAAGCUUUUCCCUUGGACUAGAUACCCUACAGUCUUUGGCACCGACGUCGCUGGAGAAGUUGUCGAAGUUGGUUCCCAAGCUGCUGGUAGCUACAAAGUUGGCGACCGAGUUGUUGGUCUUGGUAACGGUUUGGAGAGCAAUCGUCCUUCCGAUGGCGCUUUCCAAGAAUACGUUGUGCUUCGUGGAGAUUUGACUGCACACAUCCCAGACGGUGUGCCCUACGAGAAAGCAGCCGUUAUCCCUCUCGGUAUUGCAACAGCCGCUAGCGGCCUUUUCACCGAUGACCAGCUCAAGCUGGACCUUCCCACCUCGCCUGCUAAGUCGACAAAGGACGAGUGGGUCUUACUCUGGAGCGGUGCAUCUAGCGUUGGUAGCAAUGCUAUUCAACUAGCAGUCGCAGCUGGAUAUCACGUUAUCACGACCUGCUCACCAAAGAACUUCGAUUUCGUCAAGAGUCUGGGAGCCGACUACGCCUUUGACUACAACAGCCCCACUGUCGUAUCUGACAUUGUUGAGACCUUCAAGGGAAAGAAGAGCGCCGGCGCCUAUGCUAUUGGAUUUGUUGCCGCCAAGCCCGUUAUUGAGAUCAUGAGCCAAAUUACUGAAGGUAGCAAGUACGUUGCUGCAUCCAACAUGCCACCAUCAGACUUACCAGAAGGUGUUACCUCCAAGAUGGUUUUUGGUAGCGCUUUGAAGAACUCUCCUCUCGGCAGUCACAUAUUCAAUGACUUUGUGACCAAGGGUCUUCUGAGUGGAAAUUACAGGACUGCGCCAGAACCCAAAAUUGUUGGUCAGGGUUUGGAGAGCAUUCAACAGGGGCUCGAUACCCUCAAGGCAGGUGGUUUGUCGGCAACAAAACUUGUUGUUACCUUGUAA